ACCUAAAAUGCCCUCCGACCCAGUAGUCUAGUCUCCGGACAGUCUCUGCCGCCUUCAACUCCGCUGCGUUUCUUCUUCUCUACUUCUCUCCUAGCUUUUCAUUGGUUUCUACCGUAGAGGGGAGGCUAAAUCCCACAUCUUACACUCCCGAAGUCUCUAUAUGUCUUUUGAUUAUGCUGGAUGAUUUGAUUGGUGGCGGCGGCGCAAAGAUUGCCUUAUUCUCAGCAAGCUCUGCGAGAUCUUUUCCUCAAAUCAAGGAUUUCUGGAGUUCCGUUAGCUGGGGGUGCCAAGAUGCAGAGGCCGGGCAGGUAUCUUGAGAGAUCGGGGACGAUGACUAGGGAGAAGCGAGGAUUGGAUCCUGGCGACGGCAGUGAUGGCGCCGUCCCCGACACAAAGCGCAGGAAGGUCCCGGCCCUUGCUAGGUUCAUAUAUGUUGCUUCAGCUGCUUAUUGAAAAAAUAUAUAUAAUCCUCUCCAGCGUGAUUGUGGAAGCUCUCAAGCUGGAUAGCCUGCAGAAACUUUGUUCAUCAUUAGAGCCUGUGCUUCGUCGGAUUGUCAGUGAAGAAGUGGAGCGUGCAUUAGCAAAGCUAGGCCCUGCUAGGCUUGGGGCAAGGUCUUCUCCAAAGCAGCUGGAAGGACCAGAUGGAAGAAACUUACAGCUGCAGUUCAAGUCAAAAUUGUCUUUACCAAUUUUCACAGGAGGAAAGGUAGAGGGAGAUCAAGGAGCUACAAUUCACAUUGUGUUGAUUGAUGCCAACAAUGGUCAUGUUGUAACUUCUGGACUCGAGUCUUCUGCAAAACUUGAUAUUCUGGUGCUUGAGGGUGAUUUUAAUAAUGAAGAUGAUGAUGACUGGGAUGAAGAAGAAUUUGAAAGUCAUGUAGUAAAAGAACGGGAUGGAAAGAGACCCCUUCUAACUGGUGAUUUACAGAUUUCUUUGAAAGAAGGUGUUGGAACCAUUGGAGAACUAAUAUUUACUGAUAAUUCAAGCUGGAUAAGAAGUAGGAAGUUUAGGCUUGGUUUGAAGAUUGCCUCUGGAUGUUGUGAGGGUAUGCGAAUACGGGAGGGAAAAACUGAAGCAUUUACGGUUAAGGAUCACAGAGGAGAAUUAUACAAAAAACACUACCCACCUGCUUUAAAAGAUGAGGUAUGGAGAUUGGAGAAGAUUGGGAAAGAUGGUGCAUUCCACAAGAAGUUAAAUAAAGCUGCAAUUCAUUCAGUUGAAGAUUUUCUACGGCUCUUUGUUAGGGAUCAUCAAAGAUUGAGAAAUAUCCUUGGAAGCGGCAUGUCAAAUAAGAUGUGGGAUGUUCUUGUGGAGCAUGCCAAGACCUGUGCUCUCAGUGGAAAAUACUACAUAUAUUACUCUGAGGAAACUAGGAAUGUUGGGGCCAUCUUCAACAACAUUUAUGAAUUUGCGGGACUGAUUGCUAAUGGACAGUAUUUCUCAGCUGAAUCUCUCAAUGAGAGUCAGAAGGUCUUUGCUGAUACGUUGGUAAAGAAGGCAUAUGAUAAUUGGAUGCACGUUAUAGAGUAUAAAGGCAAGGCCCUUUUGAACUGUAGGCAGAACAAAAAGGCUGUAUAUAGUGAAACUUUGUCAGCUUCAUCAAGUAAUCCAGCUUCGUUUACUCAACCAGUUUCACAAGUAUCACUGCAGCAUUUGCCAGCUCCAGUUGCAGUUGUCCAGCCUUCAAUCGAUACAGCCAUGGCUGUUGGAGGAGGGGCUGUUGCCACUGGUUAUAAUGGGCACCAAGCAACCAUAUAUUCAAUUCAAACCCAGCAGAUCAAGCCAAAUGAUCACAUGCAGUUCAACAACACUUCAUUUGCUGCUCAGAGUCAAUUCAAUAUCUCCUCUCACCAGACUCACCAGAUUGGCGCACUUCAACCUGCAAGUUUAGUUUACCAGCCAGGAGAUCAAUCCUCACAAUCAUUAAAUGUAAAUUCUUUCGACGACUGGCCGCCACAUUCACGAGAAGUAAGUCGCGGUGUUGAUGACUUCUUGUCCGAGGAUGAGAUCCGGAUGAGAAGCCAUGAGAUUUUGGAGAAUGAUGACAUGCAACAUCUGCUCCGAGUCUUCAGCAUGGGAGGAGCUGCUGCUACUAAUCUCCAGGAAGAUGGUUGUGGCUUCCCACCAUAUACACCUUCACUCUUCUCCGGCUUCGAUGAAGAUCGCAACCGCUCGUCCGGCAAAGCUGUUGUUGGAUGGCUCAAGAUCAAGGCAGCUAUGAGAUGGGGUAUUUUUAUAAGGAAGAAAGCAGCGGAGAGAAGGGCUCAUCUUGUGGAGCUUUUAGAUGACUAACAAAGGCUGUAAGUAGUGGUUUUCCAUUAGGGUUCCAUUAAAGGGAUUCUUAUCUUUUGUAUAAUAAUGUCCUUUCCCACGUUUUAACAUACUGUUCUUUGCACUCUAAGUUUAUGCCUGCUGUGACCUUCGGUCUGUGUGGCAAUAAAUCAUUGGUUGUUAUUGGUCAGGUGGGCCAUAUCAAGAUAGUCACAGCCAAUAUUUUGUUGCCAGCACAUCCGGUGGGGUCAACCUUAUGGUUGUCAUUCACACAAUGUUUAGGAAGGGCUGUUUGUAGUUUUGUAGGUGAAGAUAUAUAUAUGGAUCAUAUCACCAGCUUGAAUCUUUGUAAUGCUUUGCCAGUUUUACAGUAAGGCUCUUUGGUUAUUUAAAAAUAAUUUUUGCUUCAGAGUA